AUGCUAGGCUGUCGCGAAGAUCCUACCCCGUCCUCGCUGAAUGUCAGCGUCAGCCACAUGAUGUUGGCGAAAGACGAGGGAUACGUGAACUUGGCCCUCAUCGGGCAGCCUGUAGGGGAUUGUGGUCAAGCCAACGACCAUGUGGCCGAACAAGGAGGGACGUCUAGUCGGCUCGGGGACUAUGCCGACAAGCUUAGCUCUGGGUUGGGUGCGUAUUCGGGGUUGGCAUGGCGGUGUGUGCCAGUGACGGACAGACAUGAAUUCGAGAGGAGGUAG